CAUAAUAAUUGUAUUUGAUAAGGUAUUGGCAUCAUUUUGACGUGAGCAAAAAUUAAAAAAAUAUAAAGUAAUCGGAAUUAUUUUAAAUUCGCGCCAUUUUUAGUACGUGAUGAUGCGGCUAGAUGGCUUCAGCUAGGAAUUCAUUGCCAACCAUUAUGUUCCGCUUCUAUAAAAGUGUUAUUCUAGGAUUACAAGUUAACCUCAAAAAAUAAACCAAGUGAUUAAUUAUUAUAUCGUAAAAUAUUAACGUUAAUUGAUUUUUUUAAUUCUCAAAAAUUCAUCGUUUGUGCUAAAAAUAUGCCCCUUUGUUAAACUGGUCUCACUUUGGUAGUCACCAGUAUAACCUCACUUCAAGAAAUGGAUCAAGAAUCGGAUAAAAUACUGAAACAUUCAACAGACGUGAUGCAGCUUUUUGCAGACAAGAAAAUAGUAAAAAUUUGCGCCCCCAUGGUGCGCUACAAUUACAGUUCCGAAAUUUGGUCAAAUCCUACAAUUGCGACCUUUGUUACACCCCUAUGAUCCUUGCAGAUUCGUUCUGCAAGAGUGGCAAAGCUAGAGCCAAUGAAUUUACAACUAACAUGAAUGAUACACCUUUAAUUACCCAAUUUGCGGCCAAUAAAGUUUAUGAUUUUGUGGGAGCAGCUUACAUGGUGUCCCCUUUUUGUGACGGAGUUGACUUAAACUGUGGGUGCCCCCAAAGAUGGGCCAAGCUGCAAGGUUUAGGUUGUAUAAUGUUAGAAAAGCCUGAAGUAAUUUACGAUUUGGUCAAACAGUGUAGGAAUGUCAUACCAAAGCCCUUUACUGUUAGUGUUAAAUUGAGGUUGCAAAAGGAUUUAAGAAGAAGUGUAGAAAUUUGUAGACAAUUGGAACAUUGUGGGGUUAGUUUUUUAACAGUUCAUGGACGUACGCCUGACCAAUUAACAGGGGAAGUGAAUAAAGAAGCUUUGAAUUUAAUUGUGGGGAGUGUAAAUGUUCCAGUUGUUGCUAACGGAGGCGUUAAAUCUUUGGAGGACUGUCUGGAGUUGCAAGAGAAAACAAACUGUAAAGGAGUUAUGGUAGCCAAUGGGUUACUUACAAACCCCACAUUAUUCACUGAAUCUUCCGUCACCACUACCGAUUGUAUUCAAAGGUGGCUCAAUAUUUGCUACAACACUACACUUGAUUACAGAGACAUUAACAGACUUCACACAAUUCCCGAAAAACCCAAAAAUUUAACAUUCCAAUGUUUUCAUCACCAUUUGGUUUUUAUGCUAGAAAAAAUUCUAACAAGAUCAGAAAAGCGUAUUUUUAAUAAUCUUCAAACAUUUGAAGACGUUUUAAGUUAUAUUAAAAAUAAGUUUAAUUUGGCGCCACAAUUGUAUGAUACUGAUGAUUUUAAUAACGUAAAGUUACUUGAGGUAGACUAUGGUAAACGAGGCGAGUAUUAUUUUGAACACAAACCCAAGGAUGAAAAUGUAGAAUAUGAUUUAUUUUAUGAUCAUGAAAGUCACGGAAAGUAUUUUAAAAGUAAAGUGGAAGAUGACUGUAAUUGGUCUGAUAUAUUUCUUGAAAAUGGAUGAGGAAAUAAAUGAUCUAAUCUAGA